CCCAGCUGCCAGGGCCAGGACACCCAGUCACCUGCGCCUGCUCUUUCUGUCUUCUUCAGGCUACGCGAUGGGGCUCAGCGACGGGGAAUGGCAGUUGGUGCUGAAUAUCUGGGGGAAGGUGGAGGCUGACCUCCCGGGCCAUGGGCAAGAGGUCCUCAUCAGUCUCUUUAAGGGCCACCCUGAGACCUUAGAGAAGUUUGAAAAGUUCAAGAACCUGAAGACAGAGGACGAGAUGAAAGCCUCUGAGGACCUGAAGAAACACGGCACCACCGUGCUCACCGCCCUGGGGGGCAUCCUCAAGAAGAAGGGGCAGCAUGAGGCGGAGCUGAAGCCCCUGGCCCAGUCACAUGCCACCAAGCACAAGAUCCCCGUCAAGUACCUGGAGUUCAUCUCAGACGCCAUCAUCCAGGUUCUGCAGAGCAAGCACUCCGGGGACUUCGGCGCCGACGCCCAGGGGGCCAUGAAGAAGGCCCUGGAGCUGUUCCGGAACGACAUCGCGGCCAAGUACAAGGAGCUGGGCUUCCAGGGCUAAGCCCCGGAGCCCCACCCGCCCCCACCCACCUGGGCCUGGCGCAGGGGAGGUGGGGACUGAAUCUCACGUAGUCCUAGAGUUUGCUUCUGAGUGUCUGCUUGGUGUACGAGAGGUGGGCGGGAGAGGGGGUGCUGGGGCGUGGGCCGGGCAGGGGCGGGGCUCCCUGCGGAGGGUCAUCACUGUGGGAACAGGGAGCCGCGGCCCUUAGCUCACCGUGGACUGCUGAGUGUGGGUCAAACUUAAUUCUCCUCUCACCUCAACUCCAACCCAAUUCCUUCCAACCUCCAAACUGACCCACACCUGCUCCCUCACCUUGAACCCCCAAUCCAAGCUGGAAACUGAGCCCCAGCCCCAGUAAUUCUCUGACCCAUCCCCCCACCGCUGAAGACAGGAGAAUGUCCCUGUGCAAUGAGGGUCUGGGCAGGGCGGGGCAGUCACGCCCCGCCCACGGGAGGCGUGGCACGUCUGGAACACAAGUGUCCUUCUCAGCUAAUGGAGUGACUCACCUGGUUUUAAUAAAAGACUCUGCCAAAUCACA